AUGGGUGCUGAGCCUGGGGGUGCAGAGCCUGGGGGUGCUGAGCCUGGGGGUACUGAGCCUGGGGGUGCGGAGCUUGAGGGUGUGGAGCCUGGAGGUGCUGAGCCUGAGUGUGAGGGGUCUGGGGGUGCUGAGCUUGGCAGUACUGAGUCUGGGGGUGCUGCACCUGGGGGUGCUGAGGCGUCUGGUGAGCAGUCUCCCUGGAGCGGCCGUCUCCGUAGUCGCUCCGCUGGUGCCUCGCCGCUGCCCUCUCGUCGUCGACUCCCCCUCUCCUCCCUGCAGCUGGUUGAGUGGUACCUUGGUCGUCAGGGUCGCGCUGCUGGAGCUGGUGACUCUGCUCCUAGAGCUGUUUCUACUAGAGGCUCUGCUGCUGCUGAGGGUGCGGGCGCUGGAGGUUCUGGCGCUACUGGAGCUGCUGAGGGUGCUGGCACUGGAGGUUCUGGAGCUGUUAGAGGUGCUGACGCUGAGGGUUCUGAGUCUGCUGUUGCGCGGUCUCCUUGGAGUGGCCGCCUUCGUCCGCGUGUGCCUCUCACCUCACAGCAGCUGCACGACUGGUACGGUCGCCGUCAGGGUCGCGCUUCUGGAGCUAGGGGCUCUGCUACUGGAGGUACUUCUGCUGACGUCACUGGAGCUGGGAGUGGUGCUGGUCUCGGAGGUGCUCGUACUGGGGGUACUGGAGCUACUGGGGCUGGAGGUGCUGAGCCUGCGGGUGCUGCUGCUGGGGACACUGCGGCUGGAGACCCUGGGACUGGGGGUGCCGGUUCUGGGGGUGCUGCUGCUGGUGGAGCUGGCCCUGGAGGAGCUGGCGCUGAGGGUUCUGGUGCUGCUGGAGGUGCUGGAGCUACUAAAGGUGCUGGAGCUGCUGGUGCUGGUAGCACCGCACCGACUCGACUUUUCUUCACUCCGCCGUCUCCGUCGUCUCAGCCACCGUCUGGCUCUGCCCUUCGCCAGGUUCUUGACCUCCCGUCUUCUACUGGUCUACAGUUACUGCCUGGCUCUCCUCUGCCUGCUCCUUCUCCUUACACUGAGCAGACAGGGGGUCUUGCUGAGCGUCGUGAGCCUGCGUCGCGUCCUGUCUCGCCUGUUCGUCCUUGUCGUGUCGUUCGUCGUGUUCCUCGUCAGCGUCAGCCGGCUGUCCCCGGCACACGCCUUGUAGCCCUGCGUCGGUCCUCUCCUCCGGAGCGUACUCCUCUUCCGUCUCCUCCUGCGUCCUCUUUGCCUGACGUCGCGGAUCCUGAGUCUGACUGGUUUCGUGCUGAGCACCCUACUGUCACGCGUCUGCUUGCCACUGUUGUCACUGACCCGUCGUUUGAGUCUACUGCUGCGUCUGCCCUGGUCGCUGAGCUUGUUGACUUUGCUGCUGCCUGUCGUCUAGACUUCGCUGCCAGUCUUGUUGCUGAGUCUGAGUCUGUCUGUCCUCCGUCCGUCGGGGGUGAGUGUGCUCUUAGCACGGACGUCCUUGAGGACAGGCAAGAGGACCUUGAGUGUCUUGCGGCUGCUGCGCCUCAUCUCGUGGCCAUGCUGCUUGCCCCUGGAGGAGACCCGGAUGCACCAAACAUCCCGACCCCGCGCUCUUACGCUGAGGCGAUCGCGGGUGAGUACUCCUCUCAGUGGCAGACAGCCAUGGACGCAGAGAUGGCAUCCUGGAAGUCCACAGGCACUUACGUCGAUGAGGUUCCCCCUCCUGGGGCGAACAUCGUCGAUGGCAUGUGGAUUUUCAGGGUGAAGCGGCCGCCGGGUUCUCCUCCUGUCUUCAAGGCUCGUUACGUUGCUAGAGGCUUCAGUCAGCGUGAGGGAGUUGACUUCUUCCAGACCUUCUCCCCUACCCCGAAGAUGACCACUCUUUGGGGCAGCCUGCACGAGGAGAUCUGGCUGCGCCGCCCACCUGGCUUCACUGGGUCGUUCCCUCCUGAUACCCAGUGGAGCCUCCGGCGGCCAGUCUACGGCCUCCGCCAGGCGCCUCGUGAGUGGCACGACACACUGAGGACUACACUUGCGACUCUUGGGUUUGCUCCUUCGAUUGCUGACCCGUCGCUGUUUCUGCGCACCGACACUUCCCUGCCGCCGUUCUACAUCCUCGUGUACGUCGACGACUUGGUCUUUGCCACUGCUGACACUGAGGCUCUCGCUCAGGUGAAGUCGGAGCUGCGGAAGAGACACACGUGCACAGACCUGGGUGAGCUGCGCAGCUACCUUGGCUUGCAGAUCACCCGGGACAGAGCACGCCGCACCAUCACCCUGACUCAGUCACACAUGGUGCAGCAGGUCCUUCAGCGCUUCGGCUUCUCCUGGUCCUCCCCACAGCACACUCCUCUGGCUACAGGUCACUCGCUCUCAGCUCCACCUUCGGACGAAUCCGUAGAGCCGAGUGGUCCUUACCCAGAGCUAGUUGGCUGCCUCAUGUACCUGAUGACCUGCACUCGACCUGACCUCGCAUAUUCUCUUGGUCUUUUGGCUCCUGGCAGGCACCGAAAGGUGCACAUGGAUGCUGCCAAGAGGGUGUUGCGCUACCUGUGCAGUACAUCAGGCAUGGGGCUCGUGCUUGGAGGACGGAGUGAGGUGGUCCUCACUGGGCACUCAGACGCGUCUUGGGUUGACGACCAGACUACACAGUGGUCGUGA